GAGCGUCGACUUUCAAAUCUUCAUAUCUUCAUGGGAGUGGUGGCAAUUGGAAGAACGACGACGACUACGACGACGACGGCUUUCGAAGAAAACGGACCCAAGCAAAGAUGGAGCUUGUUGGCUUGAAUCCUUCUGUUGGGAUAGGGGUCGUGUCCAACAUUGGGUUUUCUUCAGCUCAACUUUCAUCCUCCGGGGCUUCAGUUUGCAGCUGCAGCGGCUUGAGGAGGAGAAAUCAGUUUCGUAGCUUAAGCAGCAGCGCGCAGAUCGGUGGAAAUGCAGUUGCGUGCUCCUCUUCGCAGCCUUCGUUGGGUACAUUGAAAGGUAGCCGAAUUGUAUGCUGCGCCACUCCUCCUUCGUCGUCGGCCUCACCUCAGGAGGAAGAUGUCGCUGCCGUGGAAGAGAAGAGCGAGCAGUUUUUGGCUGACGAUGGUCAAAUUAAGGACAAGCCUACCAAGGCUUUCAAGUCCUCGUGGACCGCCAAGGAUCUCGAGGGCAACGACUAUCUGUACCGGCUCGGGAAGGAAGCGGACAAUCUCAACAUCACUGUUGGUGCACGAGCAGGAAUGAUCGAUGAUCUUUUUGUCGGAAAAUUCCUUGGAGUCGAGGCGGAUAUCGUUUUUAAAUAUCGACAGAAAGUGACGCGACAAUUCGCCCACCUUCAAGGAGAUUACUACAUCGCCCCACUCUUUCUGGAGAAAGUCGUGACGCAUGUGGUGAAGAACUAUCUCGCUCCUUCUUUGGAAACUCAGGUCCCCCUUAUCCUCGGUGUUUGGGGUGGCAAGGGACAAGGGAAAUCUUUUCAGAUUGAACUCAUUUGUAAAGCUUUGGAUCUGGAGCCCGUCAUCAUGUCUGCAGGGGAGAUGGAAUCAGAAUGGGCUGGCGAGCCCGGUAAACUGAUACGAGACAGGUACAGAACGGCUUCACAAGUUGUAAAAAAUCAGGGGAAAAUGAGCGCCUUGGUGAUCAAUGAUCUUGACGCUGGACUUGGCCGAUUUGAGAAUACUCAAUGUACGGUGAACAACCAGAUAGUUGUUGGUACCCUCAUGAAUCUAUGUGACAACCCUACUCGAGUAAGCAUCGGGCAAGAGUGGAGAGAAGCUGACAUCGUAAAACGUGUGCCUAUUAUCGUUACUGGAAAUGAUUUUUCAACACUUUGGGCGCCUCUGAUAAGAGAUGGUCGAAUGGACAAAUUUUACUGGCAACCAACACGAGAGGAUAUCGUCAACACCGUUUUCAGAAUGUAUUCUAAGGACGGAAUAACCAUAGAAGAAAUUGGCUCGAUCGUCGACAUUUUUCCAAAUCAAGCUCUUGACUUCUAUGGCGCUCUCAGAUCUCGCACUUACGAUAAGGAAGUGCUGAAGUGGGCUAAUGAAAUAGGAAUCGAGAACCUUGGCCGGAAGUUGAUAAAUAAGAAGAGAGAUGAACCUCUUCCAGUAUUUAUUGCACCUGAGCAAACGUUAGAAAAGCUUAUCGAAGCGGGGGAGUCGUUGGUGGAAGAGCAAAAUAUGGUGAAUAAUAUGCGCCUCUCGGACGUGUACAUGAAGAAACAGACAGGACCCGGUGUCUCUCUCCUUGGGUAGUGCACAGUGUAUUAAGCCUCUUAAUGUUUUGAUGGAAAUUCGAAGAUAGGCUGCCUUAUGCCAUGAAGACAAACCGAAGUCCGUUGUAAGAAUAGUAGCAGCAGUUGAGAUUGAAACAUGGCAUGGCGAAGCUGAGUAGUCACUGUUAUACAAAUUCAAAAGUCUAAAUUGUAGUUAUUUUAGAGCAGACAGGCAGAAGACCUCGGCAUGUAAGGCUCUUUCAUUCAUGUUUGUAUUGUAGAUCAAGUGCUCAGGAUUUGAGUUGCUGAUUUGUACCAUUGUUCGUACACAAUGUGGCGAACUGUUCUCUUAGCUGGUGUACAUUACUUUGGACAAGAUCUGAAAUGAAACAAGUUGGAUCUGACUGCAAUUCAUGUUUACAUUUAUCUGAACUGCAAAUAAAACUCGUAUCAUCUUCAGCUUCAACUG